AUAAUAACUAAUAGCAUAUAGUAUUAGCAAUUUUAUAAUCAUGCACACCAGCACAGAUCCCAUGCAUGCUCUUCACGAUAGUGUCUCCCUAUCACCGCCCUUGCACAGGACACAGCGCGGCGGGUCAUCGCGUAAUGCUGCCUCCGACGCCUCCAUGUCCAUGGUCUGUGAUGACAGCGACAUUGAGCCAUCCGUCGGCGGCGGCGGCGGCGGCGGCAGCAUCAAUGGCGACAACAAAGACAGUCAGGGAGCUGCCACUGGUGGUCCAUUGGUGAAGCCACCAUAUUCCUAUAUAGCCCUCAUCACAAUGGCCAUAUUGCAAUCGCCGCACAAGAAACUAACUCUCAGUGGAAUAUGUGAUUUCAUAAUGUCACGCUUUCCAUAUUACAAGGAUAAAUUUCCCGCUUGGCAAAACUCCAUCCGCCAUAAUCUGAGCCUGAAUGAUUGCUUCAUUAAGGUUCCACGAGAGCCAGGAAAUCCUGGAAAGGGUAAUUUCUGGACUUUGGAUCCGCUGGCCGAGGAUAUGUUCGAUAACGGAAGUUUCCUGCGGCGACGUAAACGCUAUAAACGUGCCCCGGCCAUGCAGAGAUUCUCCUUUCCGGCGGUGUUCGGGACUCUUUCGCCAUUCUGGAUACGGAAACCGGUGCCAUUGGUGCCGGUGCAUUUCAAUGUGCCCAAUUUCAAUGGGAAUCGUGACUUUGAUGUGAUGCACACGCCAAGCGAUGUCUUCGAUACGGCUCUGAGGGCUGAUAAGAAAUUUAAUUUCUUUGCCAAUGCGGAGGCAUCGUUCUAUCAAAAUGAUAAAUUCGAUCGGCUAUCGUUCCUCAAUCGUCGUGCUGGUGGUGGAAGUGGUGGUGGUGAUCCAGCCGAUGCACUGCCUCUUGGUGGUGCAGGAGCCGAAGCGACAAGCAGUAGAAUUGCCAGCAAGUACAAAAAUCCCUAUGCAUUUGAUGGAAUCUCAACGAUGACAUCAGCUGCCAGUGCCAGUGAUUAUGUGGAACGUAAUAAUUACACGGAUCUCAACUCAUUUGCGGAGGAUGUGGAAGCAGAGGCCGAAGCAGAAGGCGACGCCGAUGGCGAUGAUGCCUCAAGUGAUGAUAAGAUCGAUGUGGAAAGUGCCAAUGAGCAUGAGCCAGAUGAUUCACACAUAUCCGAUUCGGUGGACAGUGUCUGCACGAAUCGCUUGGAUGCCCCCAAUGAUGUUUUGCCCUUUGAUCAGGCAGAAGUAUCGAAUAGUUCAGUAGCCAUCACGUCCAGUCCCAAAAUAACAGCCAGUUUGCGUUCCUCGAAUAAUGCCAAAGAUUUUCGCAUUGAAUCCUUAAUCGGUGGCCAUCAUCAGCAGCAACAGCAGCAGCAUCAUCAUCAGCAUAAUCAUCAUCAUCAUCAUCCGCAUCAUCAUCAUCAGAGGAUCGGAAUCAGUGUUAGUGAUGAGGCUAGUGAUUAAACAAACAAGAUUCCAUUUUUAAACAAAACAAUUCUCUCUGUAUGUGGUAAUACUUUUAGUUAUAUGUAGUAGAUUGGGGUUAUAAAUUUAUAUAUAU